UUUCGUUUUUUCGUCAGGGCGGGUGUGCGCAAAAAUCGGUCGGCAAGCAAUUCAAAAGUAAGAGCAACCGGAGAGAAUAAAAAACGGGAAUAACUUACUAAAAUAUUUAAAGGAAAUAUAAAAAGUUUAACGAACUCGGCAAGCUGUGUUUAUUUCGACAAGUAAUUGUAUAUUUGGAGUGCAAGCUAAGGCGAAGGAAGUGGAAGGACAAGUAACGAAAUCGUGCUCUUAUCCGUUCCUGUACUGUGUCUCUCUUUCGCUGCGAGAGUGUGUGUAUUGGUGUGAGUGUAGAAAUCUGCAAGAACAGCAACGCCAAUAAACGAGGAAUCGAGAAAAAAACGCAGUGGCGCGUGAAUCACGAGCAAUCUGAAUCAUCUCUCUACGACAAUACCUGUUUCUGUUGGCGGCGCAUCAUUUAUUGCUAUUAAAUCCCAAAGAAUGGAACACCACGAGGACAACGCGCAGUUGGACAACUACUUGCAGAACCGCCUGGCCGAAAAUCUGCAAAUUUCCGGAGGCACCGGCGAGCAUAAUCCUCAUCUGGCAGACGCCACUGGGGGGAACGGCUCCGCUCCUGGCAUCGCGCCCUCGAAGUCGGACGAAGUCGACGGGGAAGAAGACGAGGAGUGGAAGUACAUACACGAGGUGAGGCAGAGCGAAAAGCUUCAACAGGAAAAGCUUGCACUGACAAAGGAAACCGGCAAUGGUUUUGGGCCCGAACGGGACUCUGAUAAUCAAGUUCUCGGAAACGGAGCUGCCGCUGUCUUCAAUCUUGUGUACGAAGAGGACGUGGAAGUGAUCAAGAACGAUGGCGACUUCUCCACAAAUUCUAACACCACUACUUCAACGGACGAGGUAGUUGCCAGGCAGGCCCAGGAGCCAAACCAGUUGCCGGAGCAGCUUCAACAGCAGCAGAUAGAAUCGCAAGGUGUUCACGAGGAUCCCCGUCAGGAAGAUGAGGAUGAGCACAGCUCCGUGGCCACUACUUAUGGAACCAGCAGUCUCAGUGAGAACAACUCCUCGCCUUUAGAUCAGGAGGAAGUCGUAAUGGUAGCCCAAACGGUUGGUAAAGAGCAGUUAGUGGGAUUCGACAACAAGGAGAACUGCUAUUUUGUUAAAGAACUGGAGGAAAACCACUCGCAGCUAAACCCCAAUGCUGUGGCCUUUGUACCUGGCUUUGGCUCACAAUCAUCCUCUCCCCUUCCUGCUGCUGAAGAUCCACUACCUGGUGUUCAGCCACGCCCAUUUCUACCGGGGGGGACCCUUGACGAUUUGGUAGCGGAAAGUCCGCGCAAAGAAUUCGCCAGGAUCAACAUGGAUGGUAUUGCCGUGCCCGACGAGAGGGAAUUUGACAUUGAAGCGGAUAUGCGACCCCACGAGUUGGAGCAGGAAUCGGACAUUUUUGGGGCAGGACACCUGGAGAUGCAGUUGUUGAACGGUAUAGGAAGCGCUGACCAAGCAGCCUUAAGGGAUGUUCUGGAUCACGGUCCAGAGACAAGUGUCGAUAUGGAGUUGCCACUAGAUCAGGUGCCCGACGACGCCGACAUCAUGAAACAAUCUAUUUAUGCCGAGCACAACGCCUCCAUUGAAGAUAUUCUAAAUUCCGUGCAACCUUUGCCAAUUCAGACUUGUGACGAUAAGGAACUAAUUCAUGUGGAGGAGAAAGAACGUGUCUCGAAGUCGCCUUCUACAGAAGAGCUCCAGUUUCAGGCCGACUUCCCAAACAAUCAGGAAUCGCACACAUUAUUCAAUAACACUCAGCAAGAUCCAAUGCAGGCUUCAUUUUAUUUGGAACACACCUCCAAAAAGGAGCAAGAGGGCCGCCAGGAGCAAAUGCAGCUUCCUGCUGAGUGCCCUGAUAUUUUUGCCGACCAGAGUUUAUUGCUAGACACCAGUGCACCCCAGUUGAGCUCCGAAGCAGACUCGCCUGUGGCGAAAUUGGAGCUGGAAUCUCAGCAAGAUGGCAUUGUAGACAUCACACCUUCGCCCCUUUCCUCCACUGCAGAGAAACAUCUGGUUGAAGACACCAAGGAGCUAGUUGAGGGGUACACGUUGGAUCCGGAAUCCCAUUUCUUUGGGGUUGUUUCAUCUGAAGCUCCUCCACAGAAUGACGAGGACUAUGCUGUUCUUGAAUCAGCUUCUGGUUAUAAAACUCAAAACUUUGAUGAAAUAUCAUCUCCACCGGAAGGUAUUAAUCCGUUUGCCCAGCCCUUCACGCCCGCGCACCUGGUUAUAGAGCAGACGGAAACAAUGAAGGAGGAUUUGGGAGGUAUGCCUAUACCAGCUUCCGAUGACUUUGCUAUAUGUGAUAAAGGUGCUAGUAAGUCUACAAAGGAAGCUGAGGAUCAAAGGAAUGAGCAAGAAGCCUUCGUAAAGGAGGAGCUGCUGCACGUCGCCCAGGUUGGAAAACUUGGCACUGAAGCGAACUUCGUUCUUCGGGCAUAUCCAGAGGAGCGACUGCCUAUUUCUGUUUCAGAUGAGAUACCGCUUUCUUCGGCUUCAAAGGAGAAACUGUUGCCUGAUACUACAGAUGAGCAACUGCUGACUUCUGCUUUAGAGGAGAAACUUCUUCCUUUUGCUCCAGAAGAGUCAAUUUCAACUGCUGCCGAUGGGCAGUCAAUUUCUCAGUUUGAUGAAAAUGUUAUCGCGAGUAAUAAACCUUUGGAAGAUAUUUUAGAACCGGAAAAAAAUUUGGAAGUUGCGACAAAUUUGUCUGAAGAAAAUUCUGUUGCUACAGUGGCUGGAGGUGCUGUUGUUGGUGCUACCAAAACCCACUCAGCCACCAAAGCAGGAUCUACAGCAGCUAGUGCAAAAUCGAAAACAGCAACCUUAGUAAUGAAGAAGACUACAACAAGCUCUACUUCUGUUUCCGGGGCACACAAGUCGGCCGCUUCACGUCCAAGUACCGCCCGCCUUGGAAUCAAAACUACAACUAUAGCUACAAAAACUGCGACUACAUCUUCAGGAACUGGAAAUCCCCGAAAGUCUCCAAGCAGUAAUGUAGGAUCAACAGUUAAACCAACAACCAAGUUAAGCAGCACACGACCAGCUACAGCUCCAGUGAGCAAGGUAACUUUAGGGGCCAAGACUGUAACUAACAAGACGGCUGCAAGUGGAACUGCAUCUGGUAAUGUAACCAGGACAACACUUCGCCCUUCAGUCAGUACCAACGCUCGCAAACCAGCAACAAGUGGAACAGGAUCCGUAGCCUCCUUAACUGCUCGACGACCAGUUACAAAUGCAACAGGAUCGGCUCCUGGCAGCGCUGCAUCAACAAAAGUUCGGCUUGCGGCCACAAUGACAGCCCCAGUCAAGCCAAAAGUUUUGUCGCCGCGCAGCACCAUUUCCUCCACCACCACUGUGCGAAAGCUGCCUAGCACAAGUGCCCCUUCACUUUCUACUCGUAGCCCUACCAAGCAGCAAGCCAAUGGACUAGGCAAGAAUACCAGCUCUACCACCACUUCCACUACUACCGCAACUAUCCCAAAAUCUUUCACGGCUCGCCCAGCUCCUAAGUUUACGCAUUCAGCUAGCUCAACCAAUAACAAUGGGAGUACAUCGCGUCGUUUGCUGGUUCCUGGAAGCUCCUCUACUACAACUACGUCGUCUCUUAGGAAGUCAUCACCAUCAAAGGCAGGACCAGGCAAAGCUGCAUCAAAGCCAUUGACACCGCGAUCCAAAGAUGGCGCGGUUAAGUCAUCGCCGGCUGUAUUAAAAGCUCGGAAUUCUACUUUGAUGGGGCGGGAAGGGGUAGCACCAUCAAACGAAAGUGUCCCAACAACUAAUGGUGGUCAGAUCAAUGCAGAGGAAGUUGUCAAGCUUAACGGAAAAGGCCUAGCAGAAGAGGUAAAGAUUGUUGAAGAGCAAUCUUUUCACGAACAAGAUGUCCCUACCCAUAAUGCUGAAGUGCCCCUUUUGGACUUUUAAUAGGUAUCCUUAAUUCCAGAUCACACAAAGCUAAAAUUACUUUAUUAAUACUGAAAACAUAUUGAGGAAAAGUGUUUAGAGCGAAGAGAAACAAAUUUCGAAGACGUAAUAAGAAAAACGAUGAAUUCAAUGGCAUCCUGGUAACCUAAUUAGGAAUUUUUGCUUAUUGAACUUUUUUAUACGAUGUACUCUCGAUUUCUUGCUACAUUUUAUUAAAAUAUAUUAUUUCAAAAAAUAUUGAACUACUGUAAAUGAACGCAGAGCGAAUAAAUGUUUGUGCUAUUUUGUAACGAAAACGAAAGAAAAAUUUUCUGUUAUUUAACAAUUUAAUAUUUUCUUUUGAAAUGCUUUCAAUAAAUUUUGCUCACGUUCUUAAAUUAAAUUUCGUCAAGUUUGAAACUCUUAACAGAAGAAAAUUUCAAAAAGGCUAAAAGAGAAAUUAAGAAUACAAUACUAUACUCCUGGUAACCAAAUUAGGAAAACUGAACUAAUGUUUGUAACGAAAUCGAAAGAUAAAUGUCACCAAGUGCUCCGUUAUUUAAAAAUAUAACAAUACUUUUAAAAUGGUUUCAAUCGAUUUUUUGCUCACAUUCUAAAUUUUAUUAAAUUGCGUCAAACAUUUAAAAAUUGUCCUUCAUCAAAAAGAAUUUAUGUAUUGAAUAAGAUUUGUGGCACAUGCUAAAAGAAAACAAAGACCCAUGAAUAAAAGAAAGAAAAAGGAAGCAAUGAAAAUUCAAGUUAAGCUAUCGGCGUCUUAGCGUGAAUAUACCGAAACCCAAAACAAAUUAAAACUAAUCCAACGAAAACCAAGGUUAUUUAACCAGCGAAACUUGUAGACUGCUUCUAUAAAAAAAAAUGUCUAUACAUUGGCCGAAUUUUAUGUGCUUAUAUUGUACUUUCGAGCACCUUUAUUUAAUUAUUUAACACAUCUGUAAACAUUUUAUAUUUCAAUGGAUAUUUAAUUUUAAUAAUGUGGAAAUUGAGCAGCACUAUAAACAUGUUCAGUACUAAAAUUAAACGAGAAAAAGCUCUUACCCAGUGUAAUCUUAUAAUUUUAAAACGUUUUCCAUUUCACAUUUUAUUUCGUUUGAACUCUAUUUUUUGUGACUCAGUUAAAAGUGUAUUAUUAUUUAUAAUUUGUUGAUUAUGCCACAUGGAUCAGAAAACUGAAUGUAUCCCCAGCACACUUAUACGCUCUUUAUUUAUAUGUGUUUAAUACAAUACUACAAUUAUAAAAAAAUGAACAAGAAAUAUUUUAAAAAA